AUCUCGGGGAGUAUGUUGUGAAGACCCAAGUGGCAUUGGAGCUUGGUGUGGAGAUCGGAGUGAGGUUUGGAAUUCCGAAAGCUUAGCUACGGUCUCUCUUCCUCUCAGUCUGUAUAGCCGUUCCAAAUCAAACCCACUGCCCCAAAACCCUUCAACCUUUCCCACUGUUCUCUCUCUUUGGCUCUCAGGCAACAAACUCUUAUCCAAACGAAGGAGAAGAAGAAGAUUGAAGGGUGCAUGCCUGGGUUAGAUCUGCAACAAAUUUCCAUUCUUGGGUAUAGAAGUAACCAGCAAAAGUGUCAGAGAAAGAGUAUGGGGACCAGGGUUCCAGUGCAGCACUACAAUCUGAGAUCGGCGAAUUCGUUCAUCGAAAGCCCUUUGCAUGACCUCAACACCGUUGAUGCUCGGCCUGCGGACAUCGAAGCCAUCAGCGACGUUGACCGGGAAGCCGUCACAGAAGAUAGCUUGGACAACGAUGUUGAUUCUAAUUCCGUUGACUGCAUGCAUGAAUCCUAUAGGAACUCUUUACCGCUUCACAGCAUAGGAGCUGAAGAAGAUCGCUCUAGACUUGAAAACGAUGGGCCUUCAAGGGGUUCCUAUGAUAACUUGACAGUUGAAGACGUUGCACCUAUUGAAUCAGCGAGGGCAAGAUUUCUACAAAUUAUUGUGGAUUAUUUUGUACAUGAUAAUGUGAUUGAAGUGGCGGAUUCUGAGGCUGACUAUAAUAUUCAGUCUGGACAAGAUAAACUGAAUAAGAGGAAGAUGAGAGAGGUUCAGUAUGAAGGAGACCCGAGGUUUGCAUUACCCUUGAUGUAUGUGGCAAAUAUGUAUGAAACUUUAGUUGCUGAUGUAAAUAUUAGGCUUGCUUCCUUGAAUGGUAUUCGUGAGAAGACCAUUGGAGUAGCUCUUGAGGCAGCUGGUGGUUUGUAUAGAAGGCUGGCUAAGAAAUUCCCCAAGAAAGGACCCUGUACAUUCAAAAGAAGAGAGUUGGCAACUUCUGUUGAAACUAGGACAAGAUUUCCAGAAUUAGUAAUACAAGAAGAGAAGCGAGUUCGUUUUGUGGUAGUCAAUGGUUUGGUUAUUAUUGAAAAGCCAAAUAGUAUGCCUAUUGAAGAUGCUGAGUGGUUUAAACGAUUGACUGGUCGUAAUGAGGUAGCUGUCUCUGCUCGAGAUUAUAAGUUCUAUUCUCCAAGACACAAGUAUAGGCGUGUCGCAACAAACUCAGUGUCUAACAUCACUGGUUUGCCUGCAUUUCCAAUCACAGAUAACUCCUCUACAUUGGCUACUGCUCAAGGUUUUCGCUCUCCACAAAAUCAGCAGCAGAUCAUUUGCAAACAUCCUAUGCAACAGCUUUCGCAUCAGCCCCAAUUUCACCCAGUUCAUCAGAAUCAUCAACAACACAUGCACCCUGCAUCCCACUAUCCUCACAGUCAUCAAUGUGUUCCUGCUUCUCACUUGCCUGAAAUUUCUCAUCCUCAUCAACCAACCAUAUCACAACAGAUGGCAUCCUUACAACCGCUCACAGGUGGUGGUCAUGCUGGAGGGCGUUUGCAUGUACUGCCAUCCAGCCCGGCAAAGUUUUGUGACGAAUGUGGGGCCCCGUACUUGAGAGAAACCUCUAAAUUCUGCUCUGAAUGCGGUGUUAAAAGGUUAGGAACGUGACAUGGUGCUGUCACUUAUAUGUACAUAAAUAUAUUUAUAUUCAUAUUCUUUUAUAUUUGAUUUAGGAGUUUCAAAUAUAUGUACUAAUGUAGAAGGUCAAGUUUUAGAUCUGAUGUACGAUAUUUUCAAGUGUAGAGACAUUUAGUGUGGUUUGGAUAGUAAGAUGAGAUGAGAUAAAGAUGAGAAGAGAUCGUUUUAAAUGAAAGUUGAAAGUUGAGUAAAAUGUUAUUAAAAUAUUA